AUGGCGGAAUUGCAAGACGGUGAAGGGAUAAAGCUAUUUGGGGCAACGAUAAGAUUGGAGGGUAAGGAAGUGAAAAAGGGGAGUGAAGAAGAGAGGGUGGAGAAGGAGAAGAGAAUAGCGUGCCCAAGAUGCAAGAGCAUGGAAACUAAAUUCUGCUAUUUCAAUAACUACAACGUCAAUCAGCCAAGGCAUUUCUGCAAGACCUGCCAGAGGUACUGGACCGCCGGUGGGGCCCUCCGUAACGUCCCAAUCGGAGCCGGCCGCCGCAAGGCCAAGUCGCCGACCCAUGAAACCGGUGAAGAGAACAAGUUAGGGAUGGAAGAGGGAUUGCUUUUGGAUGAAUGGCACGUUACGGCUGAUUUCCGCCACAUUUUUCCGCCCAAGAAGCCCAGAACGACCUCAGGAGGUUACCCUACGCAUGCUCUCUCUCUCUCUUCCUUUCCUUUUAGCGUAAAUUACGUUUAUAUAUAUAGUCUUCAAGUUUAA